GUCACUUCCUGCAAACACGUUUACCAGCCGACUGCUGCCGAGUCCACUCGCUGUACAGUGUACUCGGAUUAUCUACCUUCAGUGCAUAGUUUAAUUUAGUCGCCGAUAUUUUGGUGCCGUGAAAAUGCUCGACCUUUUUACGAUAUUCAGCAAAAGCGGGAUUGUGUUGUGGUGUUUCCAAGGCACGACGCAGUUCUUCACUCCGUCGGUGAAUGCCUUGAUACGCACAGUUAUAUUACAGGAGAGAGGUGGUGACAACUCCUUCACCCACGAGAACCUCGUUCUCAAGUACAAAUUGGACAACGAGUUCGAGCUCGUCUUCGUGGUUGCAUACCAAAAGGUGCUCCAGCUGUCAUACGUAGACAAGUUCCUCGACGAUGUCCACCUGGAGUUCAGGGACAAGUACAAGGCAUGCCUGGAAUCUGGAAGUUUUUUCAGCAACUUCAACUUCAGCUCUGAGUUUCAGGAGGUGUUGCGCAGUGCUGAGGAGUAUGGGAGAAUGUUGGCUACUCAGCAGAAGAAGAUGCGUACAUUUGAAGAAUCCCUCAAGUCAAAGAAGACUGUGGCGUCCAUGAUAGAGAACAAGAAGGAUGCUAAGCCUGCGGCUACAAAGGGCAAGGAGGCUGCCAAGAAAAAGCCCGAAGCACCCAAGAAGGAAGCUGCUGCAAAGGAAGCCGUCAUGAACGGUGAUGCUGGAGGUGAUCCCAACGAUGACGACAUCGUGAAAAACAGGCAGAAGCUUUUUGAGAAAAUGCAGGGAAAGAAGAAGUCAGACAAAGGUGCUAAGAGCCCUGCUGCUGCAAAGGACAAGUCAAAGAAGCCUCGUAUUUGGGACCAUGGUGGCAAGUCAUCUGACCUCAAGACCCUAGACUACAGUGAAGGGGCGCCUCCUGAAGGCGAGGAAAACGGUCGUUCAGAGGAUCUCCUGACUGCCGAGUCGCGCUCAUGGGUUGGAAAAGGUGGUGGUGAGAUCAAAGACAUGGAGUAUUCAGAGAGCGAGGAAGAAAUGGAAGAGGAAGACGUCCAUGUCAGCUCGAAACAGAAGUCCACCAAGGGAGGCAAGUCUGGAGGCAUGUUCGGUAUGUUCCGUGGCUUGGUCGGAUCCAAGAGUAUCACAGCAGAAGACAUGGCUCCUGUUCUGGACAAGCUCAGGGACCAUCUUAUCGCCAAGAAUGUGGCGGCUGAUGUGUCUCAGAAGCUGUGCGAUUCGGUGGGAGCCCGCCUAGAAGGGCGUGUGCUAGGCAGCUUCACGGGUGUCGCAUCCACGGUGCGGGCCACCCUGGUCGACGCACUGGUGCAGUUGCUCUCGCCCAAGCGCCGUGUCAACCUGCUGCGAGACGUCCUGGAAGCCCAGCGUGCUUCGCGCCCCUUCGUCAUCACCUUCUGCGGUGUGAACGGAGUUGGAAAGUCCACCAACUUGGCCAAGAUCUGCUUCUGGCUCAUUGAAAACAACUGCCGGGUUCUGAUCGCUGCCUGCGACACGUUCCGAGCUGGCGCCGUGGAACAACUGCGCACCCACAUGCGUCACCUGAAUGCCCUGCACCCACCCGAAAAGCAUGGUGGCAAGCAGAUGGUGCAACUGUACGAGAAGGGUUACGGAAAGGAUGCUGCAGGCAUUGCCAUGGAGGCAAUCAACUAUGCUCGAGAAACAAAAGUCGACGUUGUCCUUAUUGACACAGCUGGAAGAAUGCAGGAUAACGAACCUCUGAUGCGUGCACUGGCAAAACUGAUUACAGUGAACAAGCCUGAUCUAGUGCUCUUUGUGGGUGAGGCCUUGGUUGGGAAUGAGGCUGUGGAUCAGCUCGUGAAAUUCAACCAGGCUCUUGCUGACCACUCCAGUGAGGAGAACCCGCACCUCAUUGACGGCAUUGUGCUCACCAAGUUUGACACUAUUGACGAUAAGGUUGGUGCUGCGAUCUCAAUGACCUACAUCACCGGACAGCCCAUUGUUUUUGUUGGCACGGGGCAAACCUACAUCGACUUGAAAACUAUAAAUGCCAAGGCUGUGGUGCAUGCACUCAUGAAGUAGACAGCACCGGUGAAAGUUUGGCAGCCCUUGUACCCGACCCGGCUACACCCUUUCCGGCUUUUUCCCGCUUAGAGAGUAGCAGCUUUGUUGAAAGUGCCACGCUUUAUUUUGUUGUGAGAAAUAAGCCUUGUUAUACGAAGUUUUUUUCCCCAUGGUGUUAUUGUGUUUACAUGUAAAUAUUGAACAAUUGGAAGGUUUUUUUCUCACUGUUUUUUGCUGAAGAUCGGUACUUUUUAUUGUUGCAUAUGCCACAUGUAUGUUAAUUUUGUAACAUUCCCUCGAUGCUAUCCUUUUCCGUUAUUUCUCCAUUUGUUGAGGAGUUCGCGCUAUUAAGCCUAUAUGGAAAACUGCGAAGUCUUAUCUGCUACGUCCGAUCUGUCUAAAUUUGUGUUUAUGGGCUUUCAUAUGACUUUUAUUUUUGUUUUUUGCUCAAUGCACACACAAAAAGAAAUAAUUAUUUACAUAUGAUUAUUGUACAGCAUUGUUUUGAACAUUUUAGCUGUCUUAUACAUAUUUGUUACAUGCUACACGUUUACCGUAGUUCUGACACUUUUAAAAGAAAAUCUCAGUCGCACCUAAGUGCUGUACAAUUAAUGCACUUUUAUAUAAUUUCAUAUUGUACUUCAAUGCAAUGGCAGUCCCGAUUUCAGUGGCCCCAGGUAUGCUGGCACACUUUGGCUGUGAACUGCACUGGAACUUAACUAUGGUGCCCUCACUAACAUUGCCAUGUGCUAUGGACACUAUAAUCAGUUUACACUUGACUUGAGGAGCAGUGAUAAUUUGUGCCUGGAAAUAAAAUAUGUGUUUCACUCU